AUGGGAAUCGUGAGCGGGCCAGUUCCUCCACGAUGCCUCAUCAUCGCAGCCGACUGGUGCAACAUUUUGGCUGGAGUCUCUUUGGUCAUCUCGUUCGCAAUCAUUGCAAGCACCUACACAUUUAAAUGGAUCUUGCCAACUGACAAGAACUGGCACUUUGCGAUGCAGGUCACGAUGACCGCCGAGGGCGUGUUGUGGGCCUUGGCCGCUGGAAUGCUCACCCGGGUCCAAAUCAUUAUGAACAACGCCGCUUUGGCCGUCGGACAAACGAUUAUUUGCUUUGGAGGCAUUUUCUUUGCAAUCUCUGGCCUUUAUGAUGGCGUUCCGGGGAAGGUCAUUAGCUUGCCCUACGUCUUGGCACCCUCGCCGAGCGUCCAGGACUGCGCACAAGGCGAGGAGUGGACCGCUCCUGUCUCGGCAAGCUUCGCAGAUGCUUGUCCCUACUACGGCAUCACAUGCUUUAUGGUGGCAACUGCUAUGGGCCUCAAGGGCGUUUGGCCGCUUCCCAAGAACCGCAUCGUGAGCCCCUUCUGGGCAGUUGCGUGCUUCUUCAUUGGUGCCUGGACCAUUGGCGUCAUCAGCCUUUGGGGGCCAACUCUGCUGGAUGGCGCCGUGGUGUACGAGGAGAUGGAGAAUCCCAAAGUGGAGAUGUAUUCCCAGAAGACGUUUGCUUGGGCUUGGACGCACGUUUUCCAAGUCAUCGGGGCUGCAUUCUUGACGGCAGGUGGCGUCAUUUUUGCAAUCAUGGACGGCGUCUUGGGAUGUGGUGGUCCCAGUGACAAUGGCAUCGAGGACAGCGACUACGAUGAGGACAGUUGUGCAAGCGCAUGA